AUGUCUGAUCAUGACAUUCAUCCAAAAAAAUACUUUGAACUGCGAAGUGCCCACAAAGAUUACAUCAAUUCAUAUACUGCAUUGUAUCGGCUGAAAACAGAAAAAGAAGAAGAAUUAAACUCAAUUUACGAAAUGAUCAAAACAGAAUUGAUUGAUUCAAAGAAAUAUCUCCCAAAAAAUAUUAUAAGAGAUAUUUUAGAUAUCAUUCCUUUUAAUAAUCGCUAUGCAAAGUCAUAUUUAUAUCUUGCUAAGCGUAUAUCUGAUGAUUAUCAAGUAAAAGAGACCAGCAAAAUUCCACUCGUAUCUAACUGCCUGUUUUAUAAAGAAUAUGGAAUUACAUUAGACAAAUCUGAACAUCUCGAAAAAUAUUAUUUAGAUGAUCUCGAUUUUCAGACAGAAAAUACAAUUUACAAGGCAAUUGUUGAUAAUGACAAAGAAAAAUUCAUACAAUUCAUUGAAAGAGAUGAUUUUGAUAAAGAUGAAAUACUUCAAAGUUUAUUAUAUCCAAAUUCUAGGGAACGAUAUUCAUUACUUGAAUUAUGUUGUUAUCAUGGAGCAGUUGAUUGUUUCAAGUUAUUAAGAACGAAAUUUAAAUCAGAUAUAACUCAAAAAUGUCUACAAUUUUCAUUUUUAGGUGGAAAUCCAGAGAUCAUGAGUGAAUGCUUUAAUGAUCGAUCAUUAUUUUUUCAAAAACCAGACGAAAUUUGCAUGCAAUAUGCAAUUAUUUCACAUAACAUUGAUUUUGUUACAUUCUUAAUGAAUGAGCACAAAUUAGAGAUUGAUUUAGAAUAUUGUGGAAUGCACAAAAAUCUCGAAUUAUUUUUAAUUUAUUUCGAUCAAACGAAUGAUUUUAAAAAAUGUUUUGUUUAUUCGGCGAUGUUUGGAAUAACUUCCCUUUGCGAAUAUUUCCUUUCACAUGGUGCAAAGAUAAAUGAUAAAGAUGAUUUUGGAAAAACCGCUCUUCACUAUGCAGCGAAAUAUAAUAAUAAAGAAGCAGCAGAACUUCUUAUUUCAUGCCGUGCAAAAAUCAAUGAAAAAGAUAAAGAUAAAAAAACCGCUCUUCAUUAUGCAGCAGAAUGCAAUAGUAAAGAAACAGCAGAAUUUCUUAUUUCACAUGGUGCAAAAAUCAAUGAAAAAGAUAAAGAUAAAUUAACCCCUCUUCAUUAUGCAGCAAGGUAUAAUAGAGAAGAAAUAGCUGAACUUCUUAUUUCACAUGGUGCAAAAAUCAAUGAAAAAAGUAGAGAGAAAAAAAUUGCUCUUCAUUAUGCAGCAAACUAUAAUAAUAAAGAAAUAGCAGAACUUUUUCUUUCACAUGGUGCAAAAAUCAAUGAAAAAGAUGAAUAUGGAAAAAUGGCUCUUCAUUAUGCAGCAGAAUGCAGUAAUAAAGAAAUAGCAGAACUUCUUAUUUCACAUGGUGCAAAAAUCAACGAUAAAGAUAAAUAUGGAAGUACUGCUCUUCAUUAUGCAGCAUUUUUAGGAAAAAAAGAAAUUAUAAAACUCCUUAUUUCAUAUGGUGCAAACAUCAACGAAAAAGAUAGUAGUGGCGAAACAGCUCUUUUCUUGGGAGUAAAGUUUGGUAAUAAAGAAAUAACAGAGCUCCUUAUUUCAUAUGGUGCAAAAAUUAAUGAGAAAAAUAUAUUUGGAAAAACUGCUCUUUAUCAUGCAGUAGAUUUACAAAAAAAAGAAAUAAUAAAACUCCUUAUUUUAAAUGGUGCAAAUAUCAACGAAAAAUAUGAAAAUGGGGAAACCGUUCUUCAUAUUGCAGAACAAAAGCAUGACAAAGAAAUAGUAGAACUUCUUAUUUCAAAUGGGAGAGAGGGUCAAAGUUGCUAUUUGUCACUUUUCCACAAGAAUAUAAUGGGGAAAAAGUUAUCAUAUAGUUGA